CCCAGCUGGCUGCCGGACAGCUGGCUCUGACCAACGACGUGGAGCUGGUGCCGGGAAUGGCGAACAUGCCACAGAUCACCAGCUUGGACGUCCAGUGUGAGAAGUCUGGGAUGACGGUGAGCGUGACCUUCUCACAGCCCUUCGACGGGGUCAUCUUCAGCAAAGGUCACUUCUCGAACCCUGCCUGUCGGUAUGUGGCGGCCAACUCGGGACGUUCCAGUUUCUCACUGACCAUCCCGAGCGGUGAGUGCGGCACAGCUACCUCUGAUAUCACCAACAACGGCCCAAGCGGGAAGAGCCGUGAGUCCAGUACCCGCAUGACCAACACCAUCAUCGUACAGAACGAUCCCACGGUGCAAGAAGUAUGGGACGUCGCCCGCACGAUCAAGUGUGACUGGGUUGACAAUCUCGUUAAGACCGUGGCGUUCAAUCCCUUUGCUGUCGGGAUGUUGGAUGCUCAAGAGGUCCGCUUCAAGGGAGGCCAACCUAUCGAGUGCUGGAUGGACUUGAAGCAAGGACGUUGGCCACUGACAUCCGACAUUGACUCCAUCGUUAAGAUCGGCGAGACACUCUCCCUGAUGGUGUACGCACGUGACAACAAAGGCAUGUACGAUGUGAGCGUCAAGGACUGCUACGCUUAUGGAGGCCCAAAUUAUGACGAUGUAAACACUCCUCGAAUCCAGCUGACAGACGAGCAAGGCUGUGUGCUAAAAGACAAACUAAUCAGCCCUUUCUACAGCACCCGGCAGCGAGACGAGAGGGGAGAAAUUAUUGUCACCUAUGCUUUUGUACAGGCUUUCAAGUUCCCAGAUGUUAUGGAUGUAUUCAUGUCGUGUAAUGUAGAAAUAUGCAAGGGAGAUUGUGACAGCGUUUGUGGUUCUCUUGUUAAAGGUCCAUCAUCCCCUGGUACUACCACUGAAGGUCCAUUCCGCACUGGCAGCACACUAUUUGGUGAACCCAUCACUACCCCAGGUCCUACUACUGUACCCACUUGCUUUCCUGGCUCUACUGAUCCUAGGUGCUACUCCUCACCACCCACUGUCCCCAGUAUCUCUGUUUGUGGGCCUGGUUCCACUGAUCCUGCUUGCCAAUUUACUUCCCCUGAACAGGAACUUUGUGGCUUUGGAAGCAAAGAUCCUAGAUGUAUCUUCCCAACAACACCUUCUCCUAAUAGGGGUAAAGCAAUUAACACUAGUCCUGCUCCCAAACAGACACUGACAACUUCCUUCAAACUCCCCACACCUACCAUUCCACAAUUCCAAUGUCUCCCUGGUUCAACUGACCCACGAUGCGUACAGCCCACGUCUCCUUCCCCCCCACUGUGUUUUGCUGGUUCAACUGAUCCUCGGUGCCCUAAACCAACUACCCCUGCUCCUCCACUAUGCUUUGUCGGCUCCACUGAUCCUCGAUGCCCCAAACCUACUACUCUUGCUCCACCUCGAUGCUUUGGUGGCUCAACCGAUCCUCGAUGCCCUAAGCCCACUACCCCUGCUCCUCCACAAUGUUUUGAAGGCUCAACUGACCCUCGAUGCCCUAAGCCCACUACUCCUGCUCCUCCCCAAUGUUUUGUUGGUUCAACUGACCCUCGUUGCCCUAAGCCCACAACAUUAGCCCCUCUAAGAUGCUUUGCAGGUUCAACUGAUCCAAGGUGCCCUAAACCUACUACCCCAGAACCCCCUCAAUGUUUUGCUGGUUCAACUGACCCGAGAUGCCCACAACCCACUACACUUGCACCUCCAAGAUGCUUUGCUGGGUCAACAGAUCCAAGAUGCCCACAGCCCACCACUUUUGCCCCUCCUCGAUGCUUUACUGGCUCAACAGACCCUAGAUGCCCCAAACCUACCAUUCCCACUACCCCAAGAUGUUUCGUUGGUUCAACCGACCCAAGGUGCCCUCAGCCCACUACCCCUGCACCUCCAGUUUGCCUCCCAGGAUCAACUGACCCUAGAUGUCCUCAGGUGACAAGUCCAGCUUCCACUCCUCUUAUUUGCCUUCUUGGGUCAUCUGACCCAAGAUGCCCUAGGCCCUCAACAACACCAGCCCCACCUCGUUGUUUCCCAGGUUCUAAAAAUCCUGGAUGCCCUAAACCAACUACCCCUGCCCCACCCCGCUGUUUCCCUGGUUCUACGGAUCCAAAUUGCCCUCAGCCCACGACUCCAGCUCCACCUCUCUGUCUCCCUGGUUCUGUUGACCCAAGAUGCCCUAAACCCACAACACCAGCUCCACCCCGCUGUUUCCCUGGUUCCACUGAUCCAGGAUGCCCUCAGCCCACAACCACACCCUCCCCACCCCGCUGUUUCCCUGGCUCUACUGACUCAAGAUGUCCUAAACCCUCUACUACCCCAUCUCCUCCAAGGUGUUUCGCUGGUUCUACUGAUCCAAGAUGCCCUAAAACUACUACACCCAGACCACCACCUCGGUGCUUCCCUGGCUCCCGUGACCCUAGUUGUCCUAAACCCACAACUCAACCCCCACCACGAUGUUUCAUUGGAUCUACAGAUCCAAGAUGUCCUAAACUUACCACCACCACCCCUGCCCCAUUCCGCUGUGUUCCAGGAUCUAGAGAUCCUAGAUGCCCACGGCCUACCACACCAGCUGCUUGUUUCCCUGGAAGCUUUGACCCAAGAUGUCAAAAGGGCACUACCCCAGCCAAACCAAUCUGCUUUGCUGGAUCACCAGACCCCCGUUGUUCCAAGAGUUUGUCCACUGGAGCAACACUUCCAACCACUCUGAGACCAACCCCAAAACCUACCCGGCGGCCAACAAUCCUACCUACUACUUUCCGUCCUUCUUUGAGGCCAACCUUCAGGCCUCGCCCAACCCCUACUCCACAACCCACAACUCUUCAGCCAGAACCCCCACGCAGGGACUCUGUGCUCUUCCCUGCAACAAUCACUACUCCUCGACCUACCACCACCACCUCCUUCUCUAGAGUAAAGGCACCUUCAGCCACUACUCCAAAGCCUUCAGGUCCCUCUCUUAAGCCAACUACACCCUCUAGUCAAGGCAAGCCCAACAGAGGUAAACAGUUGUCAUCAGCCCCUCAGCCUAAGCCAGAGCCUACAGGCAAGGAAUGGGAAGGGGAGUCCCGUUACCAUGCCUUCCACAGUUUCCACUUCCAAAAGGGCGAUGGAAGGCGGGGCAGGAGAUUUGGUGCUCGACUCUCCAGAGAUGCUGACGAGGAAGUUCCUCUAUCUCGGAGCAUUCGAUCUCCUGGCGAACCACUCCCAGCAAAGCGACCACUUUUGGAAAAGGUUCCUGUAAGGUUGUCUCGAUCUUUAUCAGUUAUUUCUGCCACCGACCUGCCAGAACCCAGGAAACCUUUUUUCAGGGUUCAGGCAGAGGAACCGAUAGCACAGGCAUUUACCGAACCAGUAUAUUCUGAUCCUCUAGGUACAGUAUGCCUUCCUGUGGUCAUUUUCACAGCUUCCAUCCUCUCCCUUUUGUUUCUUCUUUUGUUGUCAUCUACAGUGGCUCUGGUGUUGUAUAUUCGGCAGCGAAACAGCCACAAAGAACAUAUGGCUGCGUGGCUAGGGCACUACUACGUCCGAGCCAACUCUGGCAGAACCUCGUAUUCCUUCGUCAUUCCCAUGGUUGGUUGCGGCACCAGGACUUUUGAUAACGACGACGACGGCAGCACCGGCUUCGAAAACAUGAUUAUGAUUCAGAAUGAAGAGAUUGUCCAGGAAGUUUGGGAUACCGCCCGCAAGAUCACUUGCGACUGGACAACCCGCAUGGAAAAACUUAUCACCUUCCGUCCCUUUGCCGUGGAUAUGCUGCAGGCAAAAGAGGUCCGUUAUUCAGGCGAUGACGUCAUGUGUUGGAUGGAUAUACAACUCGGCAAAGGACCCUUUUCAAAUACGGUUGACGGCAUCGUUAAAAUUGGUGACGAGCUUACUGUUGUGAUUUACUCAAAGGAUGGUGGUUCGGAAUUUGACAUGUUGGUGAAGAACUGCUACGCCUACGACUCGGAUGAUUUGGAGGAUGAAAGAACAACCCGCCUCCAGCUGUCAGAUGAACGUGGCUGUCUCCUGAAACCCAAAUUGAUGAGCUACUUCUCCCGCACUCGGCAGACUGGUACCACCGGCGCAGACAUUAUUGCCUUUGCUUCACUCUUUGCCUUCAAGUUUCCUGAUAAAAUGGAUGUGUACUUAUCCUGUGAAGUCGAAUUGUGCAAAGGUGGGUGUACCAACAUGUGUGAAGAUCCUGGCUUCCCAUCAAACUUGAUAUCUCGACUUGUUUCCACAUCAACAACCACAACCACUCGUGCACCUCCGGAUAUAUGCGUCACUCGACCUGGAUUACCUAGCUGUUGUGCCAGGAACCCCAGUCAUCCAGCCUGUACUACCACCACUACUCCUCGCCCAGAUCCUUGUGCUAUUAAUCCCAGAUCACCUCAGUGCUGUGCUAGAAACCCUAACCAACCACAGUGCACCACAACUACGACUAGACGCACAACUACACAACGCACCACCACACCGCCACGAGACCCUUGUGAUGUUAAUCCAAGAUCACGCGCAUGUUGUGCGAGGAACCCAACAUCACCUCAGUGUGUAACCACCACCACCACCAGGAGACCGAUCACCACAACCAGGAGAGAUCCUUGUCUAUUCAACCCUGGAAGUCCAAGUUGCUGUGCAAGGAACCCCAACCAUCGCCAGUGUACCACUACCACCACAACCACUACAACCACUACAAGGCCUGAUCCUUGUGCCGUGAAUCCUAGAUCAACGCAGUGCUGUAACAUACGUCCAAAUUCUCCUCUGUGCACUACAACAACACGUCCCACUACAACCACGCCUCGUCCCACAACCUCACGCCGUAUCAUAACUACGACCCCAAGACCAGAUCCUCGUCCUACAACAACAACUACCCCACGACCUGAUCCAUGUGACGUUAACCCAAGGUCAUUCCAGUGUUGUGCAAGGCGUCCUAAUUCUCCCUUGUGCAGGAGUCCAAGUACCACAACGCCUCGUCCUGAUCCUUGUGAUAUUAACCCUAGAUCUCCGCAGUGCUGUGCUAGACGUCCCAACUCUGUGUUUUGCACGACCACCACCACACCGCGACCAGAUCCCUGUGAUUUGAACCCUAGUCUACCACAGUGCUGCGCCAGAAACCCCAAUCUACCUCAGUGUACUACCACUACAACUACCACAACCACUAGACGCCCUACAACACCGUUUGAUCCUUGUGCAUUUAAUCCUGGGUCACCCCAGUGUUGUGCAAGGAAUCCCAACGCCCCUCAGUGUACAACAACCACUACUAGACGCUACGCCACCACCACUAGACGUUCGAUAACCACUACCACAACUAGACGUCCAAUCACCACUACUAGGCGGUCCUUUACAACUACUAGACCCCCUACCACCACACAAGAUCCUUGUGUCAGUAAUCCAGGUUCUCGACAAUGUUGUGCAAGAAACCCCAACCACCCACGAUGCGUAACAAAGGCUCCAUGCUCUGGCCCCCGUGACCCUCGCCCAGAGUGCCGGCCCACCACACAGGUUCCCAGCACGACGCCCAAUCUGGAAAACCAUGCCUUCCACGCUUGGCAGAACCGGCCCUCUGGCACUCGCCGUCGCCGUCCUCCGUAUGGCACUCGCCUCACCCCAGGCGUCCUCGCAGAGCUGUCAAACCAACCCAGAAGACGUCGUGAUGUGGCUCUCCCACCUCCUCCUCCACCACCCCCCAGGAAUACCAUCGCCAUGGUCCGAGGCUUCCGGGUAGUUGGCGCGAACGACCUCACGUUCCAGGCGGUUUCCUCACCGAACAAGUCAGCAAGCAACGUCGAUAGUAUAUGCAUGCCGACCGCCACCUUCACUGUUAGCCUGUUGAUGCUGUCCCUGCUGCUGAUUACAUCCGUUCUCGUGGCCACAUUCACAUGCUUGCGACUCCGGACAAUGGCUCCUCUAAAAGCAGUAGAAGCUAAGAACCCUUACUACAAACAGUAA